AUGCCCAGGCCUGCCCUUGGCAGCUUCGUUACUCAAGAAUUCAGCAUGGGCCCUGUUCUGCAUUUUCCUUCCAUAUCACAUGAACAGCUUAACCCAAACCAAUAUUUUACUCCCAUUAAUGUGAUUGCACGAGCGGCUCCCGUUAACCCGUACCAGUAUUAUACUCCCAUUAAUGUGAUGGCACGGAUGGCUCCCGUUAACCCGUAUCAGUAUUCAACUCCCGUUAAUGUGACGGCAUGGGCAGCUCCCGUUAACCCAUACCAGUAUUCAACUCCCAUUAAUGUGACGGCACAGGCAGCUCCCAUUAUCCUGUACCAGUAUUCUACUCCCAUUAAUGUGACUGCACAGACUGAUCCCGUUAACCCGUACCAGUAUUCUCCUCCCAUUAGUGUGACAGCACGAGCGGCUCCCGUUAACCCGUACCAGUAUUAUACGCCUAUUAAUGUGACAGCAUGGGCAGCUUCCGUUAACCCGUACCAGUAUUCUCCUCCCAUUAAUGUGACUGAAUGGACGGCUCCCGUUAACCUGUACCAGUAUUCUACUCCCAUUAAUGUGAUGGCACGGACGGCUCCCGUUAAUCCAUAUCCGUAUUCUCCUCCCAUUAGUGUGACCGCACGAGAGGCUCCUGUUAACCAGUACCAGUAUUAUACUCCCAUUAAUUUAAUGGCACGGACGGCUCCCGUUAACCCGUAUCAGUAUUCAACUCCCAUUAAUGUGACGGCAUGGGCAGCUCCCGUUAACCCGUACCAGUAUUAUACGCCUAUUAAUGUGACGGCAUGGGCAGCUCCCGUUAACCCGUACCAGUAUUCUCCUCCCAUUAAUGUGACUGGACGGCUCCCGUUAACCUGUACCAGUAUUACACUCCCAUUAACGUGA